GCAGUUUUCGUACCGCCCUGAACCCUUGGCACCGUUUUCUCCGCUCGCGCGUACCCUCCUGCUAUCGACACUCCAGAUCUCUCCAUUUGCUGGCCCGCCUCUGGAGAGCCAUCGGCCUUUCUGCUGCUGCUGAGCCUGUCAGGCGUCCCCUGUCGGCUCAUUAGGACACACAGAAGCUGCGCUGCCUUGCCUGUUCAUCGCGUCAGCCAUGCUCUGGCAAGUUGACAUUCGUCGCUUCCUGCGGCCGGCCGCUGCAUCAGACAAGGCGGAUCAGGAACCUCAGCAGCAGCACAAUGAGCAGCAGCCGACAGGUGACAUGAUGGCACUCACGAUACAGACGUGGUGUGCAAUGCGUCGUUGAUGCACUUUGGUGUGUUAAUGUAUGUGUGUGUGUGUGUGUGUGUGUUUCAGAUUUCAGCAGCCCGGAGGCUCAGGCCAUCGCCAAUGAAAUCGUCAGACAGCGAGACCUGGUGAGUCAAAGACGCUACGUGAAGCAAACACCCAUCCUCCCCGCACACACGUCGUUUGUUUGCUUGUUUGCUCGCCAUUGUGGUCAGGCUGCCCCGCCGCCCAAUGCGUCGCUGUGCGGCGUCCCGCCCGAGAAGCUGGCCCACGUGUGUGACCACAUGCCGACACUGGAGGCCGUCCGUCUGGCUCUCAUCAACAAGACUCUCCAAGACACGUGCCGGUCGCCGUUCGUCAUCCGCCAUCUGUUCAUCACCCCCGCCACCCACCAGAUGUGGCGCAGAGCAUCGCGGGCCGUCCUGCGGCAGCUGCGGUGCCGGCUGACCCACCUGCAGACGGCCGCCAUCACCACAGACGAGGAGGUCUACUCGCGGGGGCCCGGUCAGGACCGGCCGGGCGAUGACACCGCCAGUGACGACGGGCGAGAAGGGGAUGAUGAGCCGCCGCAAGUGGUGGGUGGCAACGACGAGGCGACGGAGGCGCGUCGCCGUGCCCUCGGCCAUCGGGCAGUGUACGCCAAGGUGCUCGAGGGUUCGGCGGCAUCGCUCAAGAAGUGUCGACUGGAGGACAAGACGACCACCGUGCCCAUCUCGCCGUCCAACUUGCCCGUCACCGCCAACCCUCGGCCGCCGAUGGUGACCUUCGGCAAGCUUGAGGAGGUGGUGCUGUACGGCACACUGUGGCAAGGCGCGGCAUACGAUCGGCGAUGGUCCCUCCCCGCCCUCAAGACACUCGUCGUCAGCUUUCCCAUUGCGCCCCAGUACUUCAGGAGCUGGGUCAAGGCAUCGCCCCACCUCAGCCACCUCCACGUGACGCCCUUCCCCCUUCCCCACCUCACCUCAUCCCUGUCGGCCGCCCCCUCCCUGGCCGGCCUGACCUCGCUGGGCUGCAUCGACCUGACGGCGACGGACGCCUCAUCCUGGCAGCCGCUGCUGAGUGUGCUGGAGAGCAAGGGGGCCGUCGGCCGCAACGGCCGCAUCCACACACUCGGCGUGUGUAUUGACGUGGAGGACAUGGAGCCAAAUGGCAUCCUCACCAGCUUGCGAGCCCUCGCCACGGCCAUCCAUCGGCUGGCGGGUGUGGGCAUAUCGGCAGCCGUCCCACACGUGACGGUCAUCCCUGACGUGUCGGUCAUCCCCGGCGCACCGCGGGCGUGGGAUGACCACAUCAUGGCCAAUGUGAUCAACCAUCCUCGCCAGGUGGAUUCCGUCGCGGCUCGGCCGUCUUCGAGCGCUGCAGCUGCGUGUGAGCCAUCGGUGGGCGGCGAGAGGAGGGCGCCCCUCUUCCCCAACAUGGUGCCCACAGAUGACCAUGACGGUGCGAGUGGCGAGAUGGUGGACAAGAGGCCCACUCAGCGGCCCUUCCAGCUGCUCGUCAAGACGUCUCCCUUAUUUGACGACAGGCUGCUGCGUCUCGGUCUGACGGCCUCCGAUGCGCUGCCUAGGAAGAUCAUCCGUGAGAUGGCCCGGAUGGCAAGGUCAAUGGUGGUCAAGGCCGUGUCGAUCGCGGCACCGGCGACCGGCAGCGGCAGCUUCGGCGAUUACGUCUUCGAGUCGCUGGACAAUCUGACCAUCUGUGGCUCCCCCGCUAUCACCAACUGCGUGCUGCCAUCGCUCCCAGCGGCCCCGCGCAGCCGCUUUCCGCGACUCGAGACCGUCUGCUUCAAGAGCCCGUCCAUCCGUUUGAUUCGACAGGGCGGGGUGAGAGAGCUGCUCAUGCCAGUCAGGGGGCAGCUCACAAGGACCCGCAUCGAACUGAGGAACACACCCAGCAGCUACGACACGAGCUACGGCAGCGAUGACGACCCGCCGCCACCUGAGGCCGCUCCCGACCUCCUCGCACAGCUGAUACUCGAGUGCCUGAAGACGACCGGCCAUGUAGACAAGGUGAUAUUGCGCUUUCGGACGAUCCAUAUGCUUGCUGACAUCGCGGAGUUCCGGCCGCAGACGUCGCCCAUCAACCACCUCUUCACGACGCCCAACCUCGCCGGCGGACUCCCGCCCAUCAGGGAACUGUUCAUCGAGACACCCUGUUGUGUCCACGACCGAUUCGGCGAUGUGCAGACCGACUUCAUCAUGGCCGUUAUCCGCAAUACACCAGGCCUCAAGAAAGUGGAGUUCAGCGAUCAUAUGACUCAGGCACUGGUCCGCAACCUCACACCGCAUCUGCUGCGUCACUCCCCCGCCUAUCUGGCGACUGCUGCUGUGGAUGAGGCCUUGGCGUCGGCCGGAUCGCCGUUUGUGGUGGUGUUCAGUGAUGACACCACACUCUGCCUGAAGUGAUAGAGAGAGGGGGAUGGGUGCGGUCUACUGCGGAAGAGGGAGACGAGCAUUUCACAUAGGGGCGGUUGACAGCCUGUCAGUUGGACCAUGGUGUCGCGUCAUCGACCUUUACACGUACAUAAGUGCUUCAUGUAAUGAAUGUCU